AUGUUUGCUGAAGUUAGCUUCGAGGAUGAAGAGGACGCUCUUCAGCAGACUUGCAAUGACAAUACAGGUAAUGGUGUGUCUACAUUAUUAAGCGGUAAAACCACACCAUCUAUUCAUUCUUCUUCUUAUAAUAGUAAUAUUAAUAAUAAUAAUAAUAUUGAUACGGCGGCUGUUGGAGUUGUACGUUUUCACCAUCCUGGAGAUGAGGGCUUUAGUUGUGUGGCUGGCACUGUGGAUGAUGUGCAUUCAUUGUACGAUACGCGGCAUGUGAGUGGAGAUGCGUGGCUGAGCAAUGAGUGUCAUUGUCUGCGGUGUGAGACUCUGCGGGCCUCCACACACAUCACAGCCCUGCGUAAUCAUACCCAACUUCCUAUAGUGGUAGUACUGUUGGAUCUUGAUAACUACGGGUUUAAUCAGUUCAAAUCCGCCCCUCCCUCGCUUGCCGUGAAGGAUGGGUUUAACUGUAUAGAUCACAUGUUUCUCUGGUGUUUUUUUGGCUCAUGCUUUACACGCUAUCACGGUGUCUUUCCCGAUGCGGCGAGUGUAUGUGAACAACUGCCGGCCAAUGCACAAGAUGAAAAGAAUGGAAAACCAUCAAAACAUGUGAAGAUGAGUGUUUGGCGGCGGCUUGUAAUGGCGGGAAGAUGUCACUUCACACCGUGCGGCGGCCAACAACAGGCAGCCGAUAGUGUUAUGAUGCGGGCUGCACACGCCUUAACACACAUGCCGUGUAUAGUGGUGAGUGGAGAUCGAGGACUACUGCAAACGAUAUAUAUGAGUCGUUCUUCUGUUGGGAAGAAGAGAAAGCGGGAUGAAAUGGAUUCUGAAUUUCUCUCAGAGUGUGAUGUGAUUAAUGUGUUAGAGCAUGGGAAGCGGUUUGUGCCAGUGUGGAGAGCACUGGAAAAAAAGAUACAAGUACUUGUUCAACAGUAA